AUGUAUUUCUCCAACGUUAUCGUCUCUGCUCUUGCCGCUCAGGCCCUUGCCCAGGACAACCGAGUCCCUCGUGCUCGCGUUGGACAAGUUGCUGCCUUGAUUGCUGCUGCUGCUGCUCUUCCAGGAAGCGCACUCCCCGUCUUUGAUGCCCUUGAGGCACGAGAUGGUGCCAAGAACAAGGGCGCCAAGGCCAAGGCGGUCAAAGGAUGCAAGACCAAGCGAGACGAUGAAGAGGAGGAAGACGUCGAGGGACUCGUCGCCCGCCAUCACGAGGGAGCCAACGGCAAGGCUGCUGCCAAGGCUACCAACAACUGCAACAAGAAUGGCAAGCGAGACGAAGUCGCUGAGGAGGACACCGAAGACGCUGAGGGACUUGAAGCCCGAGACGUCGAGGAAGAAUCCGAAGAGGACGCCAGUGAGCUUGCCACCCGAGAUGUCGAGAAAGAGGACGCCAGCGAGCUUGUGGCCCGAGCCAAGAAGGCUAAGAAGGCUAAGAAGAGCAAGAAGGGUAAGAAGGGUAAGAAGGGUAAGAAGAGCAAGAAGGGUGCCAAGAAGGGCAAGGAGGCUGGCAAGAAGGCUGGUAGCAACGCCAACACUGGAGCUACCAACGGAGCCAAGACUGUUACCACUGCUUAA